AUGGCAGCGCUUUUACCCUUCAAGGUGCCGCAGAUCAGCGAGGCUGAUAUGUUUGCUUUCCAUGAAGCCCACUUCUCCAACCUGUCCACAGGUCAUUUCGAAUCCCAUUUCCUCCGUCCAGAUGACUCGGUCGUCGCUUCCAACAGCGCCGCAGCUGAGGGACAGGAAAGCGGCAUUGCCGUCGAAGAGGAGUAUCACUACGAAGAAGAAUACGAAGAAGGCUACUACGAUGAGGACGAUGACGGCCUGGGCUAUUACCCCGACGGCGUCAAACGGACUCUGACAGAUGAGCAAAUCGCCAUCUUCCGGCACUCGGAACUCGAAGCCAUGCGUCGUGUGAGGGAGUCUGCCAAGAUCAAGAAGGUCAUGGAUCCCGCGGCGGACGGCGUCGCUGUUAUAAUUGAGGGUGCUAUAGGGGAGCAUCAUCAUCAGCUCUCUGACGGCGAGGUCGAUUCUUCUCCCAGAGAAGCGGGGGCCGGACCUCCGCACCAGCAACAACAGGGGCAGCACCAACAACAACAACAGAAGAAGAAGAAGAACAAGAACAAGAACAAGCGUCGUGGAGGCAAGAAGAACAACAACCGACCAGACGGAGGUGAGCAGAUCGACUUGCGCAAGCGAACGUGGGAUGUUGUCGACAAGGGACUUGCUUCUUUGGACUAUGGAGAGGAAGCAACCGGCCAGCCUUCCGGCGAGAGGGCGAUGCAGAGACGUCGUAUUUCGUAUGAUGAUUGA